GGUGGUAGAUUCCGCCCGACUGACAACAAUCCAUCGGUGGGGUCCUUUCAUUGUGCCGUGUGCUGCUGUGUGCGUGCGUGUGGAGAGGAUUUGGAAUUUGGCGGUGAAGAAGAGCUGACGAAGAUAAGAAGAUAACGGUGAAAGUGUGGGGGAUAAAGAGAACAUAACAUACAGCGUUCGUUUUGACAUAAAUACUUACCGAGAAGGGGCACAACAGGCGAAAUAUAAAGAAAAGGGUGUCCCCUAGUACGAGUUUUCGUCUGCCAAGUGCCACGUAAAUAUUUUAGAGUACGAUUGCUUCGUAGUGGGUGCUGUUCUUUUAUUUUCGGCUAUUGUGGAAACGGAAAAUAAAAUAAAGAAGAUAGAAGCCGUUUCUGCAUAACAGAGAAGGGUUAAAAGUUUUAGAUUUUUCCAAUAGCGAGUCAAAAGUGAACGCGACGAAUCGAAUCGGAGUGUGUGAGUGUGAGAAGAGGAGAAGUAGGAAGUGAAGAGAAGAAGACGAAGGAUACGGAAAGUUGGAUGGGGAUGUGGUGGUCCACCGUCCUAGCCGUUGUCGUCGUUGUCGUUGUCUCCAAGUCGUACCCAGACAGCGCCAGCAAAGUGGAAGAAACCAGGUGCAAUCUGCUGAGUGGCCGCUGUACCAACAAUGAGGAGUGGUAGCUCAGAACUUCUGCUCGAGCAACAAGCAGAAGAGCUACGGAAGAAAAAGCUGCUAGAACUAGCGGCUGCCAAGAAGGCGAAGAAUGGUCCCGCUCCAAAGCGAACGCUGCGCGAAAAUGCCAGCUUCUACACGACUUCCAGUUUGGCGUUCCUCUCGGUGACAGCCGGGGCGUCGCUGCUAUUUCUGGUUCCUCUCUAUGUCGAUCCGGCGAUCUCGACGCUGGUUGGCGACUUUGUCGAACGGCCCACAAUGUGCGUUACGACGCGGCGCGAAGAUAUGACCGGGUUGUUCAACUGUUCGUGGAGUUCGUGUCGCGAAGGUUGCACCUCGGAUGUGUUCAAGUGCACUCAUAUUUAUGUGACGUUCAUCGACGAUCUGAACUUUACGUUCCCUUUCAAUGCGACGCCCUCGGAGCUGUUCAAUCUGACCGAUAUCGAGCGGUCGGAGGAAGCGAUCCUGCUGGUGAACAUCAAAGGCUGCGGCUACCCGCCGACGGUCAAGUGCAAAAACUUCACCGAUCUCUACGGUUUCGAGGGCGCAGUGUUUCCAUGUUUCUACUCGAAGCAAAACAAAACGGUCGUGAUGACCUCCUACAACCGGGAGGAACAGGUGCAGACGAUCAUACACUUUUUCGUGAUUCCAUUCAUCAUUACGGUCGUCUCGUCGGUGUUUCUCUGCGUAAUGCACUGUGAUUGUAGAUGUAAGAAGGAGCGACGACGACGGCAUCGACACCGGCGGCCUAGGAUAGAGAAUCUCAGUGAUUCAUCGAUAUCGACCCGGGUGGACAUGCUGACGCCCGCGAUCGAAGUGUACAAACCACCCCUCUGACACAAGGAUGACACCCUGGAGAGCAACCUCGGCAAUCCAUCGACCAGUAGCGAUCUAUGACGAGGUGCACUGUUGCUGGCGGUACGCCACUACUGUUGCUUGAACUAGCGAGGUUCUUCCCCAUCAACGGCAAACAGCAACACCAUGUGCGCGUACUGUACAUCGAAUCCGAGCCCGGUAGCCGUGUGACGACAGGUGAAUCGGUAUCAUCGGUGGUAAGUUUUACCGAGACAGAAGACGACGACGACGACGACGAUGACAACGAUAAAAUCACUUUACUGCGGAGGAUAGAAAGAAGAACACACACGUAAGUGUCGUAAAUAAGAAGCGGAGACGGUCGGGCCGUAGGCCGAAGGGAGGUUCCUAGUAGGGAGGUAUUCCAUCCGUGCUGCUACUGGUGGGGGUUGGGUGACUGACAGUUGCCGAAGGAAUGCACGCAGGAGGAUCUCAUCGCAGGACGAUGAUGCUUCCGACCUAACCUAUCAUUUCUCGGUGUCGUUGUUUUUGUUGUUGUUGUCGCUCCGAGGAGGUUGGGUGUCGGUAAUGGCAAUGACGGUUGACUGCCGGAACAAUACGGUCGGUAAUGUAUGCAUGUAUGUAUGUAUGUAUGAUUGUCCGUUCACCGGAUGUCCUUGUCGGUUUGGUGAACAGGAAGAUGAGUGCGGGUAUCUCUGGUGACAAAAGUCUACGCAACGGUAAUGAUAGUAAUAACCGAGUAAUGAAUAUGAAUAGAAAUAGUCGUUUGGAUGAAUGCUACAAGAUCAACCGAGCACAAUAUGGUGCUAUGUAAUAGAUGUCAAACAUGGUUUAUGUUUGUUAUUUUUUGCGAGAAGAAUCUUUUUUAUUUUAUAUUUUUAACCGUUACUGAUGGCAGAUACCGACCACAGUAGCAGCAUGGGGAAUUACAGUUAAACUUACGACCAAUCGAAGUUCGAACCACAGGAGCUCACGGGCAGCUAAUAGAGCAAAAGAAAAUUAAAGCAACAGCAGCAGUAGCAAAACUAUUUAACAAAAGAAACUGUCUCUUCUGGGUGUCAAAUUAAGCAGCAAAUCGAUCUAAUAGGAUUAAAACCAAUUGACUAAUGAAAGGAAAAUAGAAGAAGUAAAAUCGCUAAUCUUAGGAGCCACACUAAAGUAAAACCAUGUAAGGUAAUUCUAUAUACAUACACGUACACAAGAAAACAUUCAAACACACACACACACACACAUAAAAACACCGAGCGAGUUAGGAACGAGAAGUAGAAGAAAAAGAAGAAAAACCAACGUGAACAACAAAAGAGCAGAGAUCCGUAGCAAAUAAUCUAACUACGUAAGAGACUUAGUCUAAGUAGGAUUAAACAAGGUAACACUGUAGGCUUAAAGAUUACACAAAUUGACUACUACAAGCGCUAGUUGGGUGCAACGAUGGGGGCAUAAAUGCUUUUCGGUGUUAAGUUGUUUGGUAUAAUCGAAUAUUUAAAUUC